AUAUAUACACAGCAUGGAAGCGAAGCUGAUCUAUAUAAACAAAGAAAUUGAUGAAAGCCUAAAAUAUGCUUCAACACAUUUGAUCUUUGCACGAAAAACUCUGUUAAAAAAGCGAAGUAAAAAGUUUUUUUUUCUUUCCAAGCUAUUUUUAUUUUUGUCAACGCUGCAGAAUUUUGUUUUUGUUUUGUUAGAGCGGUUUUGAAUUAAUUUACAUCUUUUAGAGUUCUCAAAAUAAACAGGCACACAAAGAAACCAGUGAAAUGCACUGUAUCAGUAAGGCUGAUAACAAAAUCCACUUUAAGCAGAAGGCUAGAACUUAAAUUUUCCUGAGCAAUAAUAAUCUUAUUCAGUUCCCACCCUUUUUGAACUUGUUGCAAUCAUUCAAUGACUUUUAAUUUUUCGCUAUUUACCUACAGUUAUUAUUAUGCAAAUGUGGAAUUUCACAUAUCGCAUCUAUUUUUUUUCAGAAAAAAAAAAAAAAAGAAAAAAAAAAAAACGCGGGGAAAACUGCUGUAAAAUAAAUUAUCUGCAUUCUUUAUGAACUAGGAAUUUCAUUAAGUGGAUAUUUUAUUCACAUUCUCAUUGCAAACGAUUGAUUUGUUGAUCACAUCACUAUUGUUUACAAUAUUAGCUGUAAUAAAAAGAUAAUUUCGUUGUCUGGACGCGUCUAAAGAUUUCUUUUAUCUGUAUUCUGUCACUAAAACGAUGGGAUUAUAAAGUUUAUUCGAUAGAAUUUUAUUUGUUGACAUUUGACAUCAAUGUUGCACACGUGGCAUUUAUGACUCACGUCAUAGCUAUGAACUUGAUAAUGACAAUGCAAAAUAAUUAGCUUGGAUAAAAAAAAACAUUCCAGCUUUGCUCAGCGAUAUUCUGCAGGCUCAUCAACAAACAAAUUGACAGAUUUAUUGUGGAGACGUGUGUUGAUUUGUAGUUUAGCAAGCAUUAUAUUGAUAAAGACCAGCGAAGAAGUAAGAUUGCUAUCAUUUUGAUAAUCUGUUGGUAAUGCCACAUUUAAAAUGUUUUCUACAGCGGUCAAAAAUUGUAAUUAAAAAAAUUAGAAAGAUAAAGCGGCUGGCAACAGGACAUACAUUUGUUAAUACAAUCACGAUGGCUGUAAUAUUUCUGACUUUCGUGAUGACAGAAGCUGUGGAAUUAUGCCCAGCUGAACAGUAUUUCGACAGUUUAAAAAACAAGUGUGAACCCUGCACAAUGUGCGGAAGAGAGCAAAUAGAAACGCGAGCAUGCUCCGUUCAGUCAGAUCGAGUAUGCGAGUGUCCACCGGAGCACUACUAUCACUUGGGCAGGUUGUUUUGCGACACGUGUACCGUCUGUGACGCAGAUUAUCGGAUAGUGCGUCCAUGUGGAAAGAACACUAAUACUAUAUGUCAGAAGUGUCCACAGGGACUUACCACUUAUGGAAACAACUCCAGAGAGUGCAUCCAAACGACUACAAGCUCACAUCAAAGCGGAUCCGAAAGUGUGGGAUUUCGUCAACAAUGGUUGUCAUGGCUACUACUCUUUUGUUUGAGUCACUUAUUUUUUUUGUAAAUAAUUUGCUUUCUUGUUGAAAAUAUUUUUUAAGAAAGCUCUCUUUUUUGUUAAUUUUUUGUAAUUUCUUACUUUCAUAGACUAUUUAGAUUUUUAUAAAUUUGAAAAAAAGAAAAUAAUGGA